CCGCUGUAAUGUUAGAACUGCUGCAGAACAUCUUUGACCUGGACCGAUAUAACUUCUUGCACUGGCUUCUCUUUCCCUGGUCAGUCACAUGACAGUAGUGGCAUGCACACAGUUAACCCCUUAUCAUGGUAUCCCCCCCACUGACAGCUUCCUAUGCUGAGAAUGAGAUGUGCCAGCUGCACACCAGGGGACAUCAACCAGGGGAGGGGGCUGCUGCUGCUGCAAUAAGGGAUCCAUGCUCUUCCCGCUGCCAUGGAGCCUCCUAUAGAGGCUGCGCUGUGCCUGGCUCUCCCCUCCUCCUCCUCCUCCUCCUCCUCCUCCUCUCAGAACAUCACAAGCUGUGCCUCUGAGGCUCUGGAGGUGAGGAGGGGAAGGACAGAGACCCUCACAGUCCCUGCUUCAGGGGGGGAGGGGGGGGAACUCCAGCACCUGCAUGUAUGUGCACUUGGGUACCACCACUCCAGGACCCCCCCUUUUGUGCAGCAGCAUCCCUGGGCUCCAUUGUUCAGUGCAGAAUGCUUUGUGCACAAGAAGAGAUGCUCCACACCAUCCAGUGACAGCUCAGGAGACAGCACUGUGCACAGUAUUUUUGGGGGGUGGGGGCAGGGGGGGAACUGAAUCCUACUCUCAAUUCCCAAAAUGCCUGUAAGAAGAGGACAUGUGGCCCCGCAGAACACCUUUCUGGGAACCAUCAUCAGGAAAUUCGAAGGGCAGAAUAAAAAAUUCAUUAUUGCGAAUGCCAGGGUACAGAACUGUGCGAUCAUUUACUGCAAUGAUGGAUUCUGUGAGAUGACAGGAUUCUCGAGGCCAGAUGUCAUGCAGAAACCAUGCACUUGUGACUUCUUGCACGGGCCAGAGACCAAAAGACACGAUGUUGCCCAAAUAGCCCAAGCCUUGCUGGGGUCGGAAGAACGGAAAGUCGAGGUCACUUAUUAUCAUAAAAAUGGAACAACGUUCAUCUGCAGCACACAUGUCAUACCAGUAAAGAACCAGGAAGGUGUAGCAAUGAUGUUUAUCAUGAAUUUCGAGCAUGUGACAAAGGAUGAAAGUCCGGGUUCCCCGGAUAAAUUAAGCCAAAUUCUUCCAAUCAAAGCAGAAAACCGUAAAUUGUUUGGAUUCCGGUUACCAUCAUUGAGACUUUUAAAUUACAGAAAACAGUCUUUACCGCAGGAAGACCCCGAUGCCGUCAUAGUGGAUUCGUCCAAGCACAGCGAUGACUCUAUGGCCAUGAAGCACUUUAAAUCGCCUACGAAGGAAAGUUGCAGCCCAUCGGAAGCCGAUGACACCAAAGCACUGAUCGAUUCUAACAAGUGUUCACCUUUGGUUAAUAUAACUGGACCUCUGGACCAUUCUUCACCGAAACGACAAUGGGACCAGUUAUUUCCAGACGUCAUGCACGCAGGGUCUCACUUGUCUCAUUCACAGUCAAAAGAAAGCAUUUGUAGCAUGAGACGAGCAUCUUCAGUGCACGAUAUCGAAGCAUUUAGCAUUCACCCCAAAAGUGUUUUCAGAGACCGACAUGCAAGUGAAGACAAUGGUCGCGAUAUGAAAGUUUCACAUUCCUGGAUGGCAGGGGGCCCUUUUAAUCAUAUCAAAUCCAGUCUUUUGGGUUCUACGUCUGACUCAAACCUGAACAAAUACAGCACAAUCAACAAAAUCCCACAGCUCACUUUGAACUUUUCAGACGCAAAAAAUGAAAAAAAAGCGGCAUCACCUCCUUCUUCGGAAAAGGCCAUUAUAGCACCCAAAGUAAAGGAGCGAACACACAAUGUUACAGAGAAGGUCACACAGGUCCUGUCGUUGGGAGCCGACGUCUUGCCGGAAUACAAACUUCAAACGCCUCGUAUGAAUAAGUUUACGAUAUUGCACUAUAGCCCGUUCAAAGCCGUGUGGGACUGGUUGAUUUUGUUGCUUGUUAUAUACACCGCCAUUUUCACACCCUACUCAGCUGCCUUCUUACUGAACGACGUAGAGGAGCAGAAGAGGCGAACGUGUGGAUAUUCCUGCAACCCCCUGAAUGUCGUAGACCUAAUGGUAGAUAUCAUGUUUAUUAUCGAUAUUCUCAUAAACUUCCGGACCACGUACGUCAAUCUGAAUGAAGAAGUCGUCAGCGAUCCUGCAAAAAUAGCAAUUCAUUACUUUAAAGGCUGGUUCCUAAUAGAUAUGGUCGCGGCCAUACCAUUCGAUCUGUUGAUUUUUGGAUCUGGCUCCGAUGAGACGACCACUCUCAUUGGACUCUUAAAGACUGCAAGGUUACUCCGUUUGGUCAGAGUUGCAAGAAAAUUGGACAGAUAUUCAGAAUACGGUGCUGCCGUCCUUAUGCUGCUCAUGUGCAUUUUUGCUCUGAUCGCUCACUGGCUCGCUUGCAUCUGGUAUGCAAUUGGCAACGUGGAACGACCUUACUUAAUUCACAAGAUCAGCUGGCUGGAUGCUUUAGGAGAUCAAAUAAAGAAACCAUUCAACUACAGCGAUCCAAGUUCUGGUCCUUCUAUCAAGGACAAGUAUGUGACCGCCCUUUACUUUACGUUCAGCAGUCUGACAAGCGUGGGCUUUGGAAACGUGUCACCCAACACCAACUCGGAAAAAGUCUUCUCCAUUUGUGUCAUGUUGAUUGGCUCAUUAAUGUAUGCAAGUAUUUUUGGAAAUGUGUCUGCAAUAAUCCAAAGAUUGUAUUCAGGAACAGCGCGGUACCACAUGCAAAUGCUCCGAGUAAAAGAAUUUAUAAGAUUUCACCAAAUUCCUAAUCCUUUACGUCAGCGGCUCGAAGAAUACUUUCAGCAUGCGUGGAACUACACCAAUGGGAUUGACAUGAAUAUGGUACUCAAGGGAUUUCCAGAAUGCCUGCAAGCGGAUAUUUGUCUGCAUCUCAAUCAGUCAUUGCUACAGAAUUGCAAGGCGUUCACGGGCACGAGUAAAGGAUGUCUACGUGCUUUGGCUAUGAAGUUUAAAACCACACAUGCGCCCCCUGGAGAUACUCUGGUUCACUCAGGAGACGUGCUCACGGCAUUAUAUUUUUUGUCAAGGGGUUCUAUUGAGAUUCUCAAAGAUGAUAUUGUGGUAGCAAUAUUAGGAAAGAAUGAUAUCUUUGGAGAGAUGGUUCACCUUUACGCCAAACCUGGAAAAUCAAAUGCUGAUGUCCGAGCGCUGACCUAUUGUGAUUUGCACAAAAUCCAAAGAGUUGACCUUUUGGAAGUUUUGGAUAUGUAUCCCGAAUUUUCAGAUCAAUUUCUCACAAAUCUAGAGUUGACUUUUAAUUUAAGAGAUGAAAGCACAAAGGCUGCGCUCCUAAGAUCACAAGCAGAUUCUGACUAUGACCAAGAGAACUGCAAACUUCGAAGAAGGAAAUUUUCUCUUAAAGAUCCAGACUGCAGUAAUGACAACAGCCAAGAUGGUUCAAACAAUUCCCUGGAUAACCUCAGAAAUUAUUCCUAUAGUAAGACAAAUGCAGAAAAUAAAAAAAGUGGAUCGCCUUCAUUGGGCUCCUCCAAUGAGCAGAAGCCAUUUCUUACAGAACUUGGUGGCCUUAGCUCUUCUUUCACAAAACCUUCAGCACCUCAGUUUGAAGAAGCGGUGUGCCCGUCGGCUAAGAUAACCCUUACAAAGAGAAGUCUGUCUUACCGAGAUAUAGCAAGCCCAAGGUGCUGGGAGAGCGACAGUGUCAGGAUACACCAGAGUGUAACCAAUGAUGCGGCACUGAACAAUGUAGCCUGGGGGAUCAGCGAAGGUGACAAUGACCUGACGUAUGGAGAAGUGGAGCACAGGUUAGAUCUGAUGCAGGAGCAGAUGAACAGGAUAGAAUCACAAAUGGCUGCUGAUAUCCAAGCUAUUCUUCAGCUGCUGCAGAAACCGUCCUCGCUUGUUCCGCCGGCUUACAGCAUGGUCACUGCCAGUUCAGAAUAUCAAAGGCCGGCGGUCAGACAAGUGCAGAGUCAGCAUCCUCGUGCGUCUAUCAAAACAGACAGGAGCUUCACUCCAUCAUCACAGAGCCCCGAUUUUGUAGACUUUGAAAAGCCCAAAGAAUCUAUUCCCAGCGCCAUCCAUCUAAACGUAGCGUCCGAGGACAACCUGACGUCGCUGCUGGACCAGGAGCACCCGUCUCCUCCGCUGGAGCUCCAGCCGAGGCAAUGCACGUCAUAUCUCAACCCGCUGAGACACACGUCUCUGCCGGAUUCUUCCAUGCAUCACAGAGGGAACAUGUCCCUGCACAGGCACGAAUCUGACCCUGGUCUUCCUGGAAUAUAAUCCAAAAAAAAAAAAGAAUUUCUUUUUAUAAGUACCUUCAAAAUAAAUUGUAAGUGCUUUUAAUGGCUGUUUUCCUCUUUGUAUGUAAAAAAAAUCCUCUUUACUUGACUCAGGGGCAACAAUAUGGAUAUCUAAUAUGCAAAAGUACUGUAUAUUUUGAUACGUUCGAAGCUAACUAAAGGUACGUUUGAGAAGUCGAAGACUGUAUGCUUAAAAUAUAAAACUGCCAGCAUCACGAGGCACCUUACAUUUUUGUUAAUCUUUAUUAUUUUUUUAAACACUUGCAUGUUCCGAAGCUGUUUUAUUAAUUUAUUUAAUUUAAUUUUUGUUUUGUUUUUUUAUCGCAUGAAGAAUGAUAUUAAAUUAUUUCUCAGAGACGUAAUAUUAUCCGUGUGGAUACUUUCAACUGGACGGAG